UUCUCUCUGUCAAUCAAUCUCCCACUUACUCCAUACACUACGCCACCAUCUCUCUCUCUCUCUCUCUCCUGCACCCCAACGCUUCUCAUAGAGCGACAACUCCCUCAGUAUACCCAGUCAGAAACAAAUACACGCAUGUCGCCUUCAUUUAGUAUAGCGAGAGAGAGAAAGGGCCAAUCUUGAGAUUCGCGACAUGAAAAAGAUGAGAUCUUGGCAAAUCAGGAGGAGUAAUAGCCAAGGCGGCUGUGAAAAAAUUUAAUUUAUCGUGGCUGGUGGACUAUAAUCUGUCACAGCAUUUAUGGCAUCACAUCACCUCAUUUCGCAAGCAGAUUCUCUACUUUUGUCUCUCAAUUGCGCCGGCUCGCCACCCGAGGUGGCCCUUUUCCUUCAAGUGAAUCAGAGAAAACACAAAAAGAUAAAAAGUGUGGGGAGAUUUUUUUCUUGCAGCUGCUGAGAUUGUUGGUCGCAGAGAAUGAUUCUUGGUUUUUUCAGUUUCUUGCCCUUUUCGGAGCUAUAUGUAUUUUGUUUCCCAGAAUUUCUUCAUUGAAAGUUCCAAGGAGUUCAGUUUUGAACAAGUUUGAAGGUGAAGAAAAAUAAAAUAAAAAGAUGAAGUAUAUGAAACUGGGGUCGAAGCCGGAUGCUUUUCAUGCUGAAGGGAAUUGUGUGAGGUAUGUGUCAUCUGAAUUGGCGACAGAUGCCAUCGUAAGUGUUGGAGAUGUGAAGUUCCUUCUCCAUAAGUUUCCUCUCUUGUCCAAGAGCAAUAAGUUACAAAAGCUCGUAUCAGGAGUGAACGAGGAAAGCUUUGAUGAAAUCCAGUUGGUUGAUUUCCCUGGUGGCCCUAAAGCAUUUGAGAUAUGUGCCAAAUUCUGUUAUGGCGUGGCAGUGACUCUCAACCCCUAUAACGUUGUGGCUGCACGCUGUGCAGCAGAGUAUCUUGAAAUGACCGAGGAUAUUGACAGGGGUAACCUGAUCUUGAAGAUUGACAUAUUCCUCAACUCCAGUGUGCUACGCAACUGGAAAGAUUCCAUCAUCGUCCUACAGACCUCCAAAUCUCUCCUUCCAUGGUCCGAGAAUCUAAAGAUAGUCGGUAGGUGCAUAGACUCAAUAGCAUCCAAAACUUCGGUGGAUCCUUCGCUGAUCACCUGGUCUUACACUUACAACAGAAGACUGGCAACAUCAGACCAAAUAAUCCGCAGUGGACUGAAAUUAUCUGAAAAGUUGGAAUCCGUGCCUACAGACUGGUGGAUCGAAGAUAUUUGUGAGCUGGACAUUGACCUGUACAAGAGAGUCAUGCUCGCGAUAAAAUCCAAAGGCAGAAUGGAUGGUGGCGUGAUUGGGGAGGCAUUGAAGGCGUACGCCAUGAGAUGGCUGCCAGAUUCUGUCGACGCAUUGGUGUCUGAAGUUCAUAUCAACAGAAACAAAUCCUUAGUCGAAACUAUAAUCUGCUUGCUCCCUUCGGAUAAAGGUAUCAGUUGUGCUUGUAGUUUCUUACUGAAAUUACUCAAAGUUGCUAUUCUCUUAGAAGCCGAUGAUUCAUCAAGAGAAGUGCUGAUAAAGAACAUCAGUUUGAAACUCGACGAUGCUCUGGUCAGUGAUCUCUUGAUCCCGGCAAGGCCUCCUCAGACAACUAUCUACGACAUUGAACUUGUUCAACGUCUCGUGGAUUUGUUUGUGGAGAAUGAGAUGAGUAAGAAGGAUAAGAAGAUGCUGGAGAAGAAUGGGGGUGACUUUGUUUUAGGGUAUGGAUCUUGGUUGAAAGUUGGAAAGAUCAUAGAUGGUUACCUUGCAGCAGUUGCUCGUGACCAGAGCCUCACCGUGUCCAGUUUCAUCAAACUGUCCCAGUCAGUUCCUGAGACGGCCAGACCGAUUCAUGAUGGAUUAUACGGCGCCAUUGACAUCUUUCUAAAGGAGCAUAGUGGAUUGACAAAAUCUGAGAGGAAGAGGUUGUGUGGGCUAAUGGAUGUGAAGAGACUGACGACAGACGCCACCAUGCACGCAGCGCAGAACGAGCAGCUGCCACUACGCGUUGUGGUGCAAGUUCUAUUCUUCGAGCAGGCAAGGACAUCAGCAGCUACUCACGCUAUCAGCAACAUCGAUGAUGCUCCUAGAAAGACCGACGAGAACUGGGGGAAGACGGUGCCUGAAAACCGCAAAUCCCUCAGAAAACAGAUGGAUGAGCUGAAAAUGAAAGAAGAACAGGAGGAAGCAUUGAAAAGUGGAAAACUUGUCAAAAGAGGCAGCAAGAACGGGGGAUCAAGUGCGCAGCUGCUGCCAUCACGUUCGAGGAGGAUAUUCAACAGACUGUGGAUGAUUGGGAAAGGGGUGGCCAAUGGAGAGAAUAAGAGCUCCGAGACUUCAGGGAGCUCUCAAAGCCCGGCCUCAAUGAUCCGAGGAGAAACGAAGUCGUCUGGCUCGUCUUCGAGGCAUCGGAGACACUCGAUUUCGUGAUGAUGGUAAGUGUAAAGUGGUAGUAGGAUCUCCAUUUAUUGUAGUAGGAAAACUGCAUUGUAUCAGUUUCUUUGGAUAAUCCUGUGGUGUUGUUUUCAUUCAUCUCUUCUGCACCUCAUUGUAUCAAUUGGUUGAAUUCUUGUAUAUCUCUCUCAUUUAGUUCCCAAGAAUUUCAUGUUAAGAAA